GCGCAAAAAUUGCUGAAGAAAAUCUCUAGUUCAGGAGCAGUUCACAUGCCAUCCGUUUACCACUUUCUUCCCCAUUUGCUUCACAAUCCUUCAAGCCUGAAGCCAUCAUACCAAAAGACGAAGGGCAGAAAUGGAGUGUCAAUGGUGCUGGGAGUGCCAACAGUGAAAAGAGCAGCUCAGAGCUACCUGCUCACAACCCUGCAAAGUUUAAUUCAGAAUUUGAAUCAAGAGGAGCAAAACAAAACAUUGAUCGUAGUAUUUGUUGCUGAAACAAACAUGGAUUAUGUUUUGUCUGUUGGAAAUGAGAUUGAAACGCAAUUUUCUUCUCACGUAGAAUCUGGCUUGAUUGAAAUAAUAUCCCCGCCUGCUUCCUACUAUCCUGACUUGACCAAACUAACUCAAACGUUAGGGGACCCUCUUGAAAGGUUCCAGUGGCGCUCGAAACAGAGUCUGGACUUUGCUUUUCUCAUGAUGUACGCCCAGCCAAGAGGUCUCUUCUACACACAACUGGAGGAUGACGUCCUAGCCAAACCUGGAUUUCUCACCACUAUGCUUGACUUUGCCUAUACAAAGAUUGCUACUAAUAACCCUUGGCUAAUCAUUGAAUUUUGCCAGCUGGGAUUUAUCGGCAAAAUGUUUAAGAGCGUCGAUUUACCCUUCCUAGCGCAGUUUUUCAUCAUGUUCUACAACGAAAAGCCGGUUGAUUGGCUGCUUGAUGACGUGGUUACAGUAAAAAUUUGCAAUCCUAGUCUAGACCAGAAAAUGUGCUUGGAGGCGAAAAAAGCGAUUUGGAUGCAGCACAGGCCUUCCCUUUUCCAACACUUGGGAGUUCACUCGUCGCUCAAUGGGAAAAUACAAAAUUUAAAGGAUAAACUCUUUGGGAAGCUGACGCUGUUUUAUCCUCACAAAACUAAUCCCAAGUUUGAAAGCAUUGAGAGCAGCAUCGCUUCGUACGGAAAACACACCCUGGAGGAAGCAUACCUUGGAAAAAUAUACUUUUGGGGAUUGUACCCUCAGGCUGGGGAUCACAUUGCUUUCAAAUAUGAUCCUCCAAUCAACUUGUCACGAUACUUGUUUCGAAGUGGCAAUGCUGAGUAUCCAUCUGAUAGGUUUUACAAUGCCACUGUUGAAAUCCUGCCAGCCGAAAUGCUAGACGGGGAAGUGACUGUCACCCCAGACGGCUAUGCGAUUGUCGGAAAAUUUGACAAGAUGGGCUUGGCAGAAGGAUUUAUUAAUCCACAAUUAUUCCCUAUAAGAGAGAUCAGACUGAACAUUCACAGCAAAAGCGAAAACUGGGUCAUCAUAAGUGAGUUACUGCGGCAAAAAAUGUUCUUCGGAUAA